AUGAAGCUUCAGGUACGAGUCGUGGAAGCGAGGAAUCUUCCGGCGAUGGAUCUCAAUGGCUACAGCGACCCUUAUGUCAGAUUGCAGCUGGGAAAACAGAGGUCAAGGACCAAAGUAGUGAAGAAGAACUUAAACCCCAAAUGGGCUGAUGAUUUCAGCUUUGGUGUUGAUGAUUUGAAUGAAGAACUCGUCGUCUCUGUUCUUGAUGAGGAUAAAUACUUCAACGAUGACUUCGUUGGGCAGGUUAGAGUUCCCGUUUCUCGUGUUUUCGAUGCAGAGAAUCAAUCUCUUGGCAAUGUUUGGUAUCCUCUUAACCCCAAGAAGAAAGGUUCCAAAAAGGAUUGUGGUGAAAUACUUUUGGGGAUAUGUUUCAGUCAGAAGAACUCGGUUCUUGAUUUGAAUUCUGUUGGGGAUCAUGUCUCUGCUUCCAGGAGUCCUGAGUUGGGAGUGGAAUCCCCUAUUCAUCCCUCCUCUUGUGCCUCUCCUGCUAGAUCAGAGGAUGGUCCAUCUUCGAAUGCGCAGAAAACCUUUGCUGGUCGAUUUGCUCAGAUUUUUCAGAAGAGUGCUGAUGCAGCUGCACCUACAUUGUCUUCUACUACUAGUAGGAGCAUUGACGCGUCUGACAUAUCUGAGAUCUUUUCCGUUGAGAUGUCUGAAGAAGAGUCAUCUUCUGCUUCCUUUGAGGAAGUAAUGAAGGCGAUGGAGUCAAAAGAUCAGGGAAGUGAACUUCCUAGUAAUCUACCAGGUGGAAUCGUUGUCGACCAAUUGUUUAUGAUUGCCCCAUCAGACCUUAACAUUCUGCUCUUCUCACCCGAAUCGAGUUUCUAUGGAUCAUUGACUGAAUUGCAAGGGACCACGGAAGUUCAAAUAGGACCAUGGAAACUUGAAAACGAAGGCGAGAGCGUUAAGCGGGUUGUAAGUUACCUCAAGGCUCCAACCAAGCUUAUUAAGGCUGUCAAAGGUACAGAGGAGCAGACAUAUCUCAAAGCGGAUGGAGAGUCUUACGCGGUUCUUGCAAGUGUUGCCACUCCAGAUGUCCCAUUCGGAGGUACCUUCAAGGUUGAAGUGCUUUACUGCAUAACUCCUGGCCCUGAGCUGCCAUCUGGGGAUCAAUGUUCCCGUUUGGUAAUUUCAUGGAGAUUGAAUUUUCUUCAGAGCACCAUGAUGAAAGGUAUGAUAGAGAAUGGAGCCCGACAAGGUCUAAAAGACAACUUUGAACAGUAUGCCAAUUUGGUGGCUCAAAAUGUAAAGCCUGUGGAUUCAAAAGAUAUUGGUGUGAAUAAAGAGCAAGCUCUCUCUUCCUUGCAAGCUGAGCCUCAAUCAGACUGGAAAUUGGCAGUACAAUAUUUUGCCAAUUUCACUGUAUUCUCCACUUUCAUGAUUGGUGUUUAUGUAUUUGUCCAUAUUAUGUGUGCCUUACCCAGUGCAAUGCAAGGGCUUGAGUUUAAUGGCCUUGAUUUACCGGAUUCACUUGGGGAAUUUGUUGUUAGUGGGGUUCUUGUUCUUCAGUGUGAAAGAGUAUUGCAAUUGAUUUCCCGUUUCAUGCAGGCAAGAAAACAGAAAGGCAGUGACCAUGGCAUCAAAGCGCAUGGAGAUGGUUGGUUGCUAACUGUUGCUUUAAUUGAGGGAGUCGAUCUAGCAGCUGUAGAUCCAAGCGGGCAAUGUGAUCCGUAUAUUGUAUUUACUUCUAAUGGGAAGACGAGAACCAGCUCCAUCAAGUUCCAGAAAUCUCAUCCUCAGUGGAAUGAAAUAUUCGAAUUCGAUGCGAUGGCGGAUCCUCCUUCUGUACUGAAUGUUGAAGUGUACGAUUUCGACGGACCUUUUGACGAGGCUGUUUCAUUGGGGCAUGCUGAGAUCAACUUUGUGAGAUCUAAUAUAUCUGAUCUAGCAGAUGUUUGGAUUCCACUUCAAGGGAAACUGGCUCAGGCUUGUCAAUCCAAGCUGCACUUAAGGAUUUUCUUGGAUCAUACAGGAGGUGGUGAUGUUGUUAGAGAUUAUUUAAAUAAGAUGGAGAAAGAGGUGGGCAAGAAGAUCAAUGUGCGGUCUCCUCAAACAAAUUCAGCUUUUCAGAAGCUCUUUGGUCUCCCACAAGAAGAAUUUCUGAUCAAUGACUUUACAUGUCACUUAAAGCGGAAAAUGCCUUUGCAGGGUCGUCUUUUCCUGUCUGCAAGAAUUGUUGGCUUUUAUGCAAGCCUUUUUGGUAACAAAACGAAAUUCUUUUUCCUGUGGGAAGAUAUAGAGGAUAUACAAGUGCUUCCUCCAACUCUUGCUUCAAUGGGGAGUCCCAUUAUCGUCAUGACUCUCAGACCAGGUAGAGGAAUGGAUGCGCGGGCAGGCGCAAAGAUACAUGAUGAGGAAGGCAGGCUUAAGUUCCAUUUCCACUCAUUUGUGUCUUUCAAUGUGGCACAAAAGACAAUAAUGGCUCUGUGGAAAGCAAAAUCCUUGACCCCGGAGCAGAAAGUGCAAGCUGUUGAAGAGGAAUCAGAGCAGAAACUCCAAAGUGAAGAGAGUGGUUUGUUCUUGGGUGUUGAUGAUGUCCGAUUCAAUGAGGUCUACUCUUUGACUCUCCCUGUUCCGGUAAGUUUCUUUAUGGAGUUGUUUGGUGGUGGUGAAGUAGAUCGUAAGGCAAUGGAGAGAGCGGGUUGCCAGAGCUAUUCAUGCAGCCCGUGGGAGUCAGAGAAGGCUGAUGAUGUGUAUGAGAGACAGACUUACUACAGGGAUAAGCGGAUUUCACGAUACAGAGGGGAAGUAACAAGUACACAGCAAAAGUCUCUUGUGGCAGAUAAGAACGGUUGGCUUGUGGAAGAGGUGAUGACUCUCCAUGGAGUUCCGCUAGGUGACUAUUUCAAUCUCCAUCUUAGAUACCAGAUGGAAGAAGUUGCGUCAAAACCAAUGACAACAUACGUGCGAGUAUAUUUUGGUAUCGAAUGGCUAAAGAGCACUAGACAUCAGAAAAGGGUGACAAAGAACAUCCUCGUAAAUCUGCAGGAUCGUCUGAAAAUGAUAUUUGGGUUCCUGGAGAAAGAAUAUGGAAGCAGACAACAGCAGCAGCAACAAGUACCAUAA